AUGGCUCGAGACCAGCUGAUGUCCCAGUUGCAGACUCUCCUACGCGACUUGCGAUCAAGUCCAUAUCCCGAACUCGAAUCGCCCGAAGAGACAAAACGACGCGCCUCGGUAGCGUUUAUAAUACGUAUAAGCCCUUCGUACGACUACUGGCCCUCUUCGUUCACCGAGAACGUACGCGAGCUCGAUUCAUUCUUCGAGCAAGAAUGGGUACAGCACGGUUCUCCCCAAGUCCUGUUCAUCAAACGCGCUUCUCGGAAGGGCGAUCGCUGGACGAGUCACAUCGCGCUACCAGGAGGCAAAAGAGAUUCUACCGAUGCCGACGACAAGGCCGCCGCAGUUCGAGAAGCUUGGGAGGAAGUAGGCGUAGAUCUGGACAAAUACGCCGUGGAAGCGGGUAAUCUACCCCAGCGAAUGGUCACGACGCAUUGGGGAAAGAAACCGCUUCUGGUGCUCUGUCCAUACGUGUUUCUGCUCACGCAACAUGAGAUUCCACCAUUGAAGCUUCAACCAAGCGAAGUUGCAGCAACACACUGGGUUCCGUUGAGAAAGCUAUUGGACCCGAAGCAGAGGACUGUAGUGUUUGAGGAUGUGAGCAGUAGACUGGCAAAUCAAGAGACUGGGGUGAAGAAGUGGAUGUUGUCCAUGAUCCUGGGCAAGAUGCAAUUUGCGGCGAUCCAUCUGCAACCGACUGAGAGUCUGCAUAGCGAAGAGAGCCCGGCAGAACAUGCUCUGCAGGACAAUAGAUUUGCGAGGCUAGAUGCAAGAGAUGAAGCAGAGAAUUUGAUUUCGAGAAUACGGAGGAGUGAUCUGUUCAAUCAGUAUCCUCUGCCGAAGAAGGAGGGUCCACUUCUGCUUUGGGGUCUGACCCUGGGAGGUAUGUCCAUUCCGCCUCAAGAUAUACGGUAUAUUGUGAUUGCUGAUAUUGUAAACAGUCGUAAGCGACUUCCUCGACCUGAUACCCCCACAUAACGCUCUGGAACUCUGGUCUUAUCCCACUUUCACACCUCUGGAUGUCCGCUUCACCGUCUGGCUCCUAACAUAUCGUUUCAAGAAUCGCAAGCGCGCCGAACUGCAAUCUGGGUCUGAAUUCCGGGACCUCCGACCUUCUUUCGGCACAGCUUCAGAGAGUUAUGCACCUGGAAACGCCGAUGUGAGUGCGUCGACUGUUAUAGUGGAGCGGCCAGACGAGACAGGCCUUCAUGGCCUCGGCACGGGAUCCGGAGUGGGUGACUUCAAGGGUAACAAGGCUGCCGUUGCGACGAUGCUUGAAGGGUUUGUUGAAUCUCUUGCCCGGCUGACGUUGCCCGAGAUCACUAACCGCGCCAGAUAUUACGAUAUCGUACGCCGAGCGGUCGCACUGGCCUUGGUGGGAAGAAUGAGCGCUUUCGUUGUGUUGGCUGCGCUUGCCUGGAGGCGAUACGGGAAGAAAUGA